UCGACUCUCUCACUGUACACCAAACUCGCUGCGCUCUGACCACUGCAACUUUUGCAGAGACUCCUCACUCCACAGACAUGUCGCACAAUAGCUGAAGUAAACCUGUCAUCGUGGCUCAUCAUCCGAGCCCAGAGAAACGCACGUCGGGCGGGAUUGGAGCCGCACAGCCUCCUCCUCUGUUCGCUUUGCUCGGCUCGGAUCGGACCGUACUGUUUGAAAAACGCCUGGAUAUGAAUUAUGAGCAUUUUCCUCACUAAUGAACUGGGCCAGUAAUGCAGGAGACCGCGGCGACCCUCUCAUCAGUGUUCCAAGAUGGCAGAUUUUUAUUGAGUUUUGAACAGAAAUCUCGCUUUAUUUUUUGCCAUGAAUAACAGAAAUCCUUGCACCGAUGGCCCCUGUAUACGAAGGUAUGGCCUCGCAAGUGCAAGUGUUUUCCCCUCACACUCUCCAGUCAAGUGCCUUCUUUAGCGUGAAGAAACUGAAGGUGGAGCAGAGUUGCAACUGGGAUAUGACAGGGUACGGCACACACAGCAAAGUCUACAGCCACAACAGCAGCAAGAACGUGUCGGCCACCAGUGGCCCCCUAGGCAUCAACAGCUCCCUGCAGGUCGCCAGCUCCACCCUGCCCUACGAGCAGGCGCUCAUCUUCCCAGCCAGCGCGGGCCACAUUGUGGUCGCCUCAGCCAGCAGCACUUCGGGGGCCGUGGGGUCUCUGCUGGGCAGCGGGGGUGGAGGCAGUAGCAGCAACAGUAGUGGUGGAGGUGGCGGGGGUGGCAGUGGUGUGGGUGGUGGGGUUGGAGUUCACAACCUGACCCGCCGCAGCACGGUCAGUCUCCUAGACACCUACCAGCGAUGCGGGCUUAAACGCAAGAGUGAGGAGCUUGAUAACAACAGCAGCGUGCAGAUCAUUGAGGAGCACGGCCCGCCAAUGAUCCAGAACGGAGCAGCGAGUGGAGCCACGGUGGCCACGGUGGCCACUGCCACCUCCACAGCGACAUCCAAGAACAGCGGCUCCAACAACGAGGGGGACUACCAGCUGGUGCAGCAUGAGGUGCUCUGCUCCAUGACCAACACCUACGAAGUCUUGGAGUUCUUGGGACGAGGAACCUUUGGACAGGUGGUCAAGUGCUGGAAGAGGGGCACCAACGAGAUAGUGGCGAUCAAGAUCUUGAAAAACCACCCGUCGUAUGCACGGCAGGGCCAGAUCGAGGUCAGCAUCCUGGCACGUCUCAGCACGGAGAGCGCAGACGACUACAAUUUUGUGAGGGCCUACGAGUGCUUCCAGCACAAGAACCACACGUGCCUGGUAUUUGAGAUGUUAGAGCAGAACCUGUACGACUUUCUCAAGCAGAACAAGUUCAGUCCUCUGCCACUCAAAUACAUCAGACCCGUGCUGCAGCAGGUGGCCACAGCGCUAAUGAAACUGAAGAGCCUGGGGCUGAUCCACGCUGACCUGAAGCCAGAGAACAUCAUGCUCGUAGACCCAUCUCGACAGCCCUACAGGGUCAAAGUCAUCGACUUUGGCUCUGCCAGCCAUGUGUCCAAAGCGGUCUGCUCCACUUACCUACAGUCCAGAUACUACAGGGCUCCAGAGAUCAUCCUGGGCCUGCCGUUCUGCGAGGCCAUCGACAUGUGGUCCCUGGGCUGCGUAAUAGCCGAGCUCUUCCUGGGAUGGCCCCUCUACCCCGGAGCCUCCGAGUACGAUCAGAUCCGGUACAUCUCACAGACACAGGGUCUUCCUGCAGAGUAUCUGUUGAGUGCAGGGACGAAGACCACCAGGUUCUUCAACAGAGAUCCCGACUCUACGUAUCCUCUCUGGAGACUUAAGACUCCAGAGGACCACGAGGGUGAAACAGGGAUCAAGUCCAAGGAGGCUCGCAAGUACAUCUUCAACUGUUUGGACGACAUGGCGCAGGUGAACAUGACGUCAGAUCUGGAGGGGAGCGACAUGCUGGCGGAGAAGGCUGACAGGAGGGAGUUCAUUGACUUGUUAACCAAGAUGCUGACCAUCGACGCAGACAAGAGGAUCACCCCCAUUGAAACGCUGAACCACCCCUUUGUUACUAUGUCACAUCUCCUCGAUUUCCCUCACAGCACACAUGUGAAGUCGUGCUUCCAAAACAUGGAGAUCUGCAAGCGUCGAGUCAACAUGUAUGACACCGUCAACCAGAGCAAGACGCCCUUUAUCACCCACGUGGCCCCCAGCACCUCCACCAACCUCACCAUGACCUUCAACAACCAGCUGAACACUGUGCACAGCCAGGCCACCAACCUGGCUCCCUCCUCCACCAACAAUGCCACCCUUUCCUUUGCAAGUCCUGAUGUCUCCAUACUAAACUACCAAUCUGCACUCUACCAGCCCUCCGCUGCCUCCAUGGCAGCCGUGGCCCAGCGGAGUAUGCCCCUGCAGCCAGGGGCUCCUCAGCUCUGCGCUGCCCGGCCUGACCCCUUCCAGCAGGCGCUCAUAGUCUGCCCACCUGGUUUCCAAGGGCUGCAGGCAUCCCCUUCCAAGCACACCAGUUACUCUGUGCGGAUGGAGAAUGCUGUUCCCAUAGUGACGCAGGCCCCCGGUGCCCAGCCUCUGCAGAUUCAGCCUGGCCUCCUUACACAGCAGGCCUGGCCCAGCGGCACCCAGCAGAUCCUGCUGCCUCCAGCCUGGCAGCAGCUCACCCACACCUCAGUCCAGCACGCCACUGUCAUCCCCGACUCCAUGAGCAGCACACAGACGCUCGCCAACUGGAGGAAUUCCCACCCUCAUGGCAGCCAUUAUAAUCCCAUCAUGCAGCAGCCGGCCUUGUUGGCCGGUCACGUCACGCUCCCAUCCAACCAGACCCUCAAUGUGGGAGUGGCACAUGUUAUGAGGCAGCCUACAUCCAACAACAACUCCUCUUCCAAAAAGAGCAAACAGCACCAGAUGUCUGCCAGGAACAUGUCGGCCUACGAGGUGUCGUCCUCUCAAGUGGUGCUGUCUCCUCAGCGCUCCAAGCGGGUGAAGGAGAAUACGCCCCCACGCUGUGCCGUGCUUCAGAACGGCUCGGCCUCCAACUGCCCGCCCACGCAGGGCUGCGGGGGUGGAGGGUGGGGGGUGAAUGAGGCAGAGCAGGCUUCCAGCACCACCCGCGACCAUCAGCACCAGCACCACGUCCCCAGACAGACCAUCAUCAUCCCCGACACGCCCAGCCCCGCCGUCAGCAUCAUCACCAUCAGCAGCGACACGGACGAGGAAGAUGAUCACAAACAGAACAACAGUUCGUCUUCUAAGCAGAGAAAGAAUGUCAUUAGUUGUGUGACGGUCCACGAUUCGCCCGACUCCGACUGUUCCAGCAACAACAGCCCCUACACUGUAGAGUCGAGACCCCCAAACAACAACAGCUACGACACAAAGACCACCAUCCUGGACAACUACAACAACGGGAACCCCCGCACCAUCAUCAUCCCCCCUCUCAAAACCCAGAACAGCGAGGUUCCGAACGAGUGCGAGCGCCUGAUGCCAGACGCAAUGAACCAUCAGAAUUCAGCUUACAAGUUCAAAUCCUCCAAUGGAGUGGCAUCUGGCAAUAAUCACAUACCGGGGGGCGUAAUUGGAGGCGGGUCCUACCGACAGCAGCGCUCAGGGCCACACCCCCUCCAGCAGCAGCCUCUCAAUCUCAGCCAGGCCCAGCAGCACAUGGUAGCCGAGCGAAAUGGAGGACAUCGGCGCCAGCAGGCCUACAUCACCCCCAGCAUCGCCACUCAAGCCCCGUACUCCUUCCAUCACAACAGCCCCUCCCACACAGGCAACGUUCACCCGCACCUGGCUGCCACUCACCUGCCCAGCCAGCCGCACCUCUACACCUACACAGCACCCGCCGCCCUGGGCUCCACCAGCACCGUGGCCCACCUGGUGGCAUCGCAGGGCUCGGCGCGCCACGCGGUCCAGCACGGAAGCUACCCCCCGAGCAUCGUCCACCAGGUCCCGGUCAGCAUGGGCCACCGCGUGCUGCCCUCGCCCACCCUGCACCACAGCCAGUACCAGGCCCAGUUCGCCCACCAGGCCUACAUCAGCGCCUCGCCCGCCUCCACCGUCUACACUGGAUACCCGCUGAGCCCCACCAAGGUCAACCAGUACCCUUACCUCUAGAGAAGACACUGACUGACACUGGAGAGCCUGACCCAGCGCUGCUGCUUGCCUCAACCCCACCCCGAGCCUCCAUCAAACACCCUAAACAUCCUCUCCUCAACCUCAGACAUAAACAGAGACAGAGGAACAUGCAAUCCUCAUGAAACUGUCAUGUAUAACUUGAAGAUUUAACGACAGAGAGAAGAAGAAAAAAUAACAGCCUCUCUGGAAGGGAAAGAUGAGGGGGUUGAAUUUCAGAGGGGUACAGUUCAAGAAGUUUUCUUUAGAUUUUUUGUUUUCUUGAAAGGGCCAGUUUUUGCUUUUAUUUGCCUAUUCUUUGCUUUAUUUUAAGAGAAAAAGUGAUGUUUCAUUAGUUUCACGAGGAAGUUUGAAGCGGGCCUUUUUGGGACAGUGGAGGUUUUCUGGUUUGUUUUCUUUUUGUUUCCCCUCUUAUAUUUGGGAAGUGACUGUUGAACAGGGGUUACUGACUGGAAGUCUGGAAUCCCAAGGGAUUUGGGAAAAGGUGAAAUACGGAAACCUGCUGCUCUUCAAAGAAAAAAAUAUUGAUGGCCUUGAACUGUCUUAGUAUUUCCAAAUCAUUCGUGGUGUGGGGAGAAAACGAGAGGCAACUUCUCCCACUCCACCUCCUCCAGCAGAGGAGGCUUCUGGAAAUAUAACCAACAGAAGACAACAAACUUUUUAGUGUAUUUAUAGAUAUUUUUCCUUUACGUUUCACCUUUCUGAUCAGUUUUAGCUAGGUGUCUUAGCUGGGCCCCGUUCUUAGAAUGUAGCAGUCUGCACCUGUUUGUUUUAAGAAGAAAACUUUUUUUUCUCCCCUUAUACCAAUAGAUUUAUUUGUUCCUCUCUUUUUUCAAUGUGAUUGCACAAAGUGGUUAUAAUAACAUAGGCAUGUACAACGUGAUUGUCUGUGUGUGCUACUGUCAGCCAUGCGUGUGUAGUCCACCUCCUCAAAACCCUCUGCAGUCUUUAGGUUUUGACCAUUGUUCCCUCGUAGUGCCUUACAGAUAUAACAACACAGUUUACUUGGCUUGGAUCCUGAAAGCCACAAGAGACUAUAGCUAUACUUAGAGAGUCAUGUUUCCCUGGUUUGACAUCCUAAUCGGGGCAGUAGUAGCUCUCUUCCAGGUGUAGGCUCAGCCCUUGCUGUUCCUUGUCCUUAAUGACAGCGUACCGUAGAUGAUGAAGAUUAAUGUCAGAGCUGAUAUCACGCUGAGCUAUUUUAUUAUGUGUGCAUGAGAUAACUUGCCUGGGGUACUUACCAAAGUCAUAGAUAAAUUCUUGUUGCGUUUGCUCUGGAUGAUAAUGUAAAUAUGAAAAUGUACAGUCUAGCUGUAGCUGUAAACCUCCACCACAGUGGCACCCAAAAAAAAAACGUGGCUUUAGUUAGGAAUAUAUUUGUUUUCUUUUAAUCACGCAAGGGGAUCGCGGUAUCGGUGAUCGCAUAGCAAAGCUCAGUUUUCAUGCACAAGGGAUGAGUUACAGUAUAACGUCUGAGACACAGUAGAGGUUGUUUUUUUAAGGUUAAAAGCUAGUCCGAGAGAAGGGCCUGACAGAAAGUGAUUGUUGCCAUGAGGGUGAUUCUGGAGCCUGGCUGCAGCAAAAAACAAAAAGAGGCAGAGUAGCGAGGGGUUGUUGGAGAGAGACGCUGUGUAGGCAUGAGUUAAGGGGCUGGUUGAAAGCGUAGGGUCAGUUUAGGAAGGGACCGUGGAGGGCAGGGUGAAACUCACUAUCUUAAAUGGGACUAAAAAUGGUAGCAAGUUGGCAAAGAGCAGGUUGACAGUAACACUGAGCCCAGGUUGUUGGUAGGCAGGGAACGGGCACUACCUUACCUGAAUGCACACUUUAAAAUUCUGACACAUUUGUCGUCGUUUGUUGCCGUUUGUUUCUCUGGCAAAGACAAUUGGAAGUUAAUUAGUCGAGGUUUUUUGUUUUGUUUUGGAGUAACGUCUUGGAGCUGCAGGAACAGAAGGGAAAUGCCGCAGCGUACACCUGGAAGGGCACCUUGUGGAUGGUUUGUUGCCACUGUCCAUUUGUCUUCGAACCAGGUACACCACAGACAUCACCACGCCAGCCAGACGGGAUACCUGAACACUUAGAGAACCAAUAGGGCUGUUGCUUUGUGUGUUUUGCUGCUUGAUUUAACAGACUUCAUUUUUUUCUCGUAGCCGAUAAUACAAACAGUCACCCCUCCUCUGUCCAUUCGUCCUCAUGAACGUGGGCACAUCAGAACUGCUGGUGGUUUUAGUGAAAGCCUUCCCCUCUCUCCUUCAUGGUAUGCCAUAGUACUUGCAUUUGAAGUGAUUUUUUAUUAUUAUUAUUAUUAUUAUUAUUAUUUUAACAUUAUCUUGAACUUUUUGACAUGGCUGUAGUACAUGUUGUGUUUAUUUUUUAGAGAUUGUUGCAAUAAUUCUCGUGGAUGUUUUACCAGAGUGUGUGUGUGUGUGUUUUUAUUAUUAUUAUAUGUCAGGCUCAUUUCUAUUUUGUAACCUGGGGGUUGAUGUACAGUAAUAUUUAGUAUUCCGUGGAGGUGGGUGCACCUGUGUAAAGUGUUUCGACACUGCUGAAGUGUUGAGUCGAUGAUAAUCCACUGGGGCCCCUUAUAGACACACGCUUGGUUUGAGGGUGCCACGCCCAGGGUUUGAAAUCCGACAGUCCUCUUGAUGGGCCCCGGAGCGGUCUCUCAUCCUGGUACUUUCCUCAAAAACUCCCCCCAUCAGCUCCAGCAUGCAAGCCUUGGGUCCGGGCACUUAAAGAUGUGAUUACAUAGUGUGUUGCUGGUUACAUCAUUCGUCUCUGUUCUGUUGAUGUCUUUUUUCUUUUUUUUAAAAUUUCAUGUACUUAAUUUCCUCUGGGCCAUUGGGGCCUAAGCACACACGCAUAAGGGAGAUGAUUUUCCAUUGAAAUCCUUUUGACUCUUCUGUUAUGAGACAAACUACUGAAACAUUCCACUGUUUGAGGGAAUUUGGCAUGACCCAUGCUACACUGCUGUCCUCGUCCCCCGCUCCUAUCAGCACGGGGACGAUGUUGUCACACUUUUUGCUCGUCCCACCAAAGAAUUUUAACAGAUUGACCGUGUACAGCACAGCACAUUCACAGUACAAGCAAUCCUCCGCAGCGUUGCUUGAGCAAGACGGGCAAUAACUUCUGGUCUCAUCUUUCAAUGAUUUUUUUAAAGUGCUUUCGAGGACAUGUUGUUUUUAACCACCAUGAAAUGCAUAUACAUGUGCGCAGGGAGGUUUUAACUCGCGCCGUCAUUCUGGACAUUCAGCUCUGAGAAUCUGUUUUAAAGCUUUUUUUCUUCUUCUGUUUUUGCUUUCAUUCGUCCUCACACAUGGCCCCCCUUCUAGAUUAAAUCAGUAAUUAUGUAACCUCUCUCCAAAUUGUUUUAUAAGCCAGUUAUUAUUUUUUUUUCUGUUGUUGAUGUAGCUUUAUUAGUGUUGUACGGAAAUGAAUUUGUAAAACAACAAAAGAAAGUUUGUCACACAAUAGCGUGCCAUGGAAUAGAAUGAAUUAAUCAAAAAACAAACAAAAAAAAACGUAACCAACUAUACCUUUAAAACCACGGUCACCUGCACAAAAUGAAUGUAAUACGUGACCUGCGACAUCUGAAAAUGGCUUUAGAUCUUUCUCAGUGGGUGACCGUUAAUUUAAUUUCUACACCGUUUGUGGCCAUGCAUGAUGCAAUAAUUAUACAUCUGAUCUCCAGGAAAAUCCCAUCUGAGACUAAUAAUGUAAAAUUACCACUAUCCUCAUAAUUAGAGGGGGAUAUCAAAUAAUCACUAUGUUCUCAAAUGAAACAAGCAGUUACCCUGUAUGCGCAGCAUUGUGGAAAGUAACUUGAUGUGUGUGAUACCUUUGUCUAUCCUUUUGUUUCACAUAACCAAUGUUUUGUGUUUUUUAAAAAAGGGGAAUCAGAAAUGUGAGCGUUAAUGUAGAUCGAGUGACCUUACAAUUACCAAAAUGUGCUUAAGUAGAGUGUAAAGACGUUUUUGUGUCGCUGAGGUGAGUAUAGCCUUCCCAGCUAGCAACCUUAUUGUUAAGUACUGCCUUCCAAAUAACCAACAAUACCUCCAAAGCUUUAAAGGUGACAUUUAAAUUAGAGAAAACUAAAAAAAAACAAAAAGGCAGCAUCUUUCUCUUUCUGCGUGAAGCCUGGCAUUCUCCUCUGAAAUACACUCAAACUUCCAGUUCUUGCUCGCGGUGUUGUCGUGCAUACUCCUCCUCAUCCUGGAGCUUUGGAAACACUGAGAAACAUUCCUGAGAGCAUGGCACACGCAGUGCUACAUUAGUCUUCUUCGAAACAAAACUCCUCUAGGGUGACUUGAAGCUUAGUAAGUGAACAGACGACCUGCAACAUCAAACCACACACUUGUACGGUAGAAAUAGUUCAGCAAAGUCGCAGCUGCUUCCCAAAGUACAAAAAAGGAGUUGAGGACAGGUAUUGGGUGGAUAAAUCAUGUGCUGAUGAACUUUCUGUCACCAGGAAAAUUCAUAAUCUAGUUACACAAGCAUUCUUAAAGCCCUUUUGGAUAAGAGUGUAUGUUUUUUGUUUUUUUAAACCUUUGUUAAGGGGAUCUGCUCCUUUUGCUGGCUAUUCCUUGGGGGAAUUCAGGGUGCGGUGGUCAAGGUUUGAUGCCAUCACUGAUAGAGGGUGUCAGGCUAUCGCAAAAUAUGGAUUUAAGAACCAAAACCGAAACGAAUAUGAUUUCCUACCGCCAUCAGUUAUUUUUUCGUGUAAUUAAAGAUUGAUUUCUGCCACCUGAUUUUCUCCAAAUUGCUGUAAUGUAACAUAUUUGGGUCCUCGUUUCAGAAGGCUAAGAAGAGUUUUUUGUGGUGUUUACUAAAUUAAAAUCUGGAUUUGGUAGACCAAAGCUACAUUCAAAGGCAGAUUUUCUCAGUUACACUGCAAAAAAUAUACGUCUUUAGCUGCAGAUCACAUCAAAGUCGCACAAAUCCUCACAAUGAUAACAGUAAAUUAGUGAUGUUACCUAACAGCUACUUGCACAAUACAUUUCUGAAAGUGAUAAUUGAGUUGGUUAACAUUUUCUAAAAACCUAAGAGUGCAUCAAACCCUGACCCCCUUUUGUGUCAUUGCUGUAUGGUUUCUCAAUGGUGUAAAAUCUCAUUCUUUGUCGAUAAAGCUAAUGUGUGCUGCAGUAUUUCCUAGUAUACUUCUCCGUUAAUUGUCUUUUCUUAUUUACUUUUGUUUAUUGGGGUGUGAUGUCUCAUUAUUUCAAUCUGUUGAUGUAGCGUUCUAUGUAUACCCUGUUCCUUAGCCUAAUAUUAUUAAGUAUGUUAUGAGAAUGGAUAUUUUACUGGCUUUAUAGAAUGUUUAAAUAAAUAUAAUAAUGACAAUAAGAAAAAGGAUUAAUUAAACCUCCUAACAAGUUGAGUACUUGCUACUAAGCGCUUGUGUUACCAUUAUGAUGUUGUGUGCUUCUCUUAAUCAUUUUCGUUGUAGAAAAAUGGAGUGAAUUUAUAUUAGGCUUCGAAAAAACUAAUGAUAGCAUUGUAAAUUUUACAGGAGGAUUUUAACAGACAAACAGCUUCGUCAAAUAGAAGAAUAUAGUUAUUUUAAUUGUCCUCUUUACUAACUGUAGGGUGAGAAGGGGCUCGCGUUGUGGUGAACUAUGUUAUAGCUUGUUAUUCACUGUUACUUUUGAUCAUUUUUUCGGUCUCCGAGGUGAAUCGAGUUAUUAAUGAGAAUUUGUAUGCUCACAUAUGCAUAUUGUAUAUGUGUAGAAAUGUAAUCACACUUUGUCUUGGAUUUACAUUAAACUGUUAAGUCACUG